AUGUUCAACGCUCGGAGGGCUUUCCUCUCCGCCAUGCUCCUCCUCGGAGUGAGCUUGGUCUUCUUCACCCAGGCGGCUGAAGCCACCAAGGGACCCAAGAUCACCCACAAGGUCUACUUUGACCUGACCCACGGCGAUGAGCCCCUUGGCCGUGUCGUCAUGGGUCUUUACGGAAAGACUGUUCCCAAGACCACUGAGAACUUCAGGGCCCUUGCCACUGGCGAGAAGGGCUUCGGCUAUGAGGGAUCGACCUUCCACCGUGUUAUCAAGCAGUUCAUGAUCCAGGGUGGUGACUUUACCCGUGGCGAUGGCACCGGUGGCAAGUCCAUCUACGGCGACAAGUUCCCCGACGAGAACUUCAAGCUCAAGCACUCCAAGCCUGGUCUCCUCUCCAUGGCCAACGCUGGCAAGGAUACCAACGGCUCCCAGUUCUUCAUUACCACCGUCAUCACCUCUUGGCUCGAUGGCCGCCACGUCGUCUUUGGCGAGGUUCUUGAGGGCUACGACAUCAUCGAGAAAAUCGAGAAGGUCCAGACCCAGCCUGGCGACCGCCCCGCUCAGACUGUGAAGAUUGCCAAGUCUGGCGAGAUUCCCGUCCCCGAAGAAGAUAUCUUUGGCGAUUCGGCCUGGGCCUCUGGCCAGAACGGCGAAGAAAUCCCUAUCGCCCUCGAGCCUGAUGCGGGUGGCAUGUCCUUCGCCGGCAAGGCUUCCAUGGUCGGAAUCUUCGCCACCGCCGUUGUCGCUGUGUUCUGGCGACGCAUGCGCAGGAGCUCUAGUGACGCCAAGUACUCGUAA